UCUUUGGUGGAGUAUUACGUCAUUUGUUUACAGUGCGUGGUUAUAGCUAAGACGUCCUGUGGAGAGACCCAACCUAAUACUACCUUUUUACCUAAUAUUUGGAGAUAAAACCGGCAAAAUGACGACCCCACCGGCCGCUUUACUGAACAAAAACAAGAAGAACUUCAUUGGUAUGCCGGCGCCCUUGGGAUAUGUGGCUGGCGUUGGCAGAGGAGCAACGGGAUUCACUACCCGUUCUGAUAUUGGUCCGGCACGUGAUGCGAAUGAUGUCUCUGACGAUCGACACGCACCUCCAAAUAAGAGAAAGAAAAAAGAUGAUGAUGAUGACGAAGAUCUGAAUGAUGCUAAUUAUGAUGAGUUCAAUGGAUAUGGAGGAUCACUUUGCAGUAAAGAUCCAUACGACAAAGAUGAUGAAGAGGCAGACGCCAUUUACGAUGAGAUUGAUAAACGAAUGGAUGAGAAAAGGCGCGAGUAUCGUGAACAACGCCUGAAAGCGGAGUUGGAGAAUUAUCGUCAGGAGCGUCCUAAAAUUCAACAGAUGUUCAGUGAUCUUAAACGAGAGUUAGCACACGUUUCAGAGAAUGAAUGGAGUACAAUUCCUGAAGUCGGUGAUGCAAGGAAUAGGAAGCAGCGUAAUCCCAGAGCUGAGAGGUUCACACCUUUGCCUGAUAGCGUGCUGUCUCAUAAUUUGGGAGGAGAAAAUGUAACUACUAUUGAUCCUGGAUCUGGACUCGCCUCCAUGAUGCCUGGCACUUCUACUCCUGGCAUGUUGACUCCUAGCGGUGAUCUAGAUUUGAGGAAAAUUGGACAGGCUCGUAAUACAUUGAUGGGUAUGAGAUUAAAUCAAGUGUCAGAUGCUGUCGGGGGACAGACUGUGGUUGAUCCAAAAGGUUAUUUAACUGACCUCCAGAGUAUGAUCCCUCAGUAUGGUGGCGACAUCAAUGAUGUGAAGAAAGCUCGAUUGCUUCUUAAAUCUGUUAGGGAGACCAAUCCAAAUCAUCCACCUGCAUGGAUUGCUUCAGCCCGUCUAGAGGAGGUUACUGGGAAGAUUCAGUCGGCACGUAACCUCAUUAUGAAAGGGUGUGAAAUGUGCCCUAAAUCAGAGGACCUGUGGCUAGAGGCAGCGAGAUUGCAGCCUCCUGAUAUGGCUCGGGCAGUCAUUGCUCAGGCUGUACAAACUCUCUCCCACUCUCCAAGGAUAUGGACCAAAGCUGCAGAUCUGGAGUUGGAACUUAAAGCAAAGAAGAGAGUUUAUCGCAAAGCUCUGGAACAGAUUCCAAAUUCUGAGUUGUUAUGGAAAUUGGCUGUAGAACUAGAAGAGGAAGAGGAUGCAAAAAUUCUUUUGAGUCGUGCUGUGGAGUGUUGUCCCACUUCAGUCGACUUGUGGUUAGCCCUUGCGCGUUUAGAAAAAUAUGAAAAUUCUAGGAAAGUUUUGAAUAAGGCCCGUGAAAAUAAUCCUAAGGAUCGUCAGAUAUGGAUCACUGCAGCAAAAUUAGAAGAAGCUAAUGGUAAUAAUACCUUAGUUGGCAAAAUCAUAGAACGUGCCAUUUCCACUCUUCAGGCAAACAUGGUGGAUAUUAACCGUGACUUUUGGAUCAAAGAUGCAAUGGAGGCUGAACAUGCUGGUGCCGUCCUCACUUGUCAGUCUAUUAUUAAAAAUAUCAUUGGUUAUGGAGUUGAGGAUGAAGAUCGUAAACAUAGUUGGAUGGAAGAUGCAGACAGCUGUGCCUCCCAGGGAGCUUUUGAAUGUGCCCGUGCAAUUUACAGCCAUGCUCUCUCUGUAUUUCCUAAGAAGAAAUCUGUGUGGCUGGCUGCUGCUCAUUUUGAACGAAGUAAUGGUACCAGAGAGUCCCUAGAAACACUUCUUCAGCAAGCUGUAACACAUUGUCCACAAGAAGAAACUCUUUGGCUUAUGGGUGCAAAGUCAAAAUGGCUGGCAGGUGAUGUACCAGCAGCGCGUUCAAUUCUUGCACUUGCUUUCAAAGCAAAUCCUAACUCUGAAGAGAUUUGGCUGGCUGCUGUAAAACUUGAAUCUGAAAAUAACGAAUAUGAACGAGCCAGACGACUUUUGGCAAAGGCUCGGUCUCAGACAGCCACUCCUAAAGUGAUGAUGAAAUCAGCUCACUUGGAAUGGGCUCUUGGUAACCUGGACGUAUCCAUAAAUUUAUUAGACGAGGGCUUAAAGGAGUCGGGUGACUUUGCCAAAUUGUGGAUGAUGAAAGGCCAAAUUUUAGAGCAGCAAGGUAAAGUGGAUGAAGCCUGGGAAGUGUACAGGGAAGCAGUGAAACGAUGUCAGUCAUCAAUUCCGCUCUGGCGUUUGUUAUGCUCAUUAGAAGAGCGCCAAGGUAGAUUAGUUACAGCUCGUGCAACUUUGGAGAAAUCAAGAGUUCGAAAUCCAAUGAAUGAUGAACUGUGGUUAAUGGCUAUCCGUUUAGAGCUAAGAGCAGGCCAGCGAGAGGUAAGCCGAUCCCUCAUGGCACGUGCAUUACAGGAGUGUCCUACAUCUGGUAUCUUGUGGGCACAAGCAAUCUUUCUUGAGGAUCCAGCUCAGAGAAAAAGCAGAAGUGUAGAUGCUCUUAAAAGAUGCCAGGAUGAUGCCCAUGUGGUUUUAGCAGUUGCCAAGAUGUUUUGGAUGGAUGGGAAGAAAAACAAGGCUAGAGAAUGGUUCAACAAAACUGUGAAAAUUGAUCCAGACUUAGGUGAUGCAUGGGCAUGGUACUUCAAAAUGGAAAUUUUAUUUGGAACUGAAGAGCAGCAGCAAGAAGUUAAGAAGAGAUGCAUUACAGCAGAUCCUCAUCACGGAGAACAUUGGUGCGCUUCUUCAAAGCUCAUUCAUAACUGGAGAAAAAAGACGCCUGAAAUUCUACAGCUUGUUGCAGAUAAACUCCCCAUUCCAGUUAUGAAUAGGGAAGUUUACUUCUAAGUAAUGACAUUGAAAAUUAUCUCCUGCUUAUGUUGGGGUUGACAAUAAUCACAAGCUAUGACUUUUAAGUACUAUACUUAUUUUCUGUACAUUACUACAAACUUGUGUUAUUUAAUAUCUGUUGAGUAAAUUAAGAUUUAUGGGAGAUACGUCAGUCAAGACAAGGAUAAUAGUGCUAUGGUAUACUGUAAUCUCUGUAUUUUAAGUACAAAAUAUUUUAUCCAUGAAUUUUUUCAAGAUUUCUUAUAAAUAACUGUUUAGUUUUUCAUUUUUUCACUAUUCCAGGCAUGAAUAUUUGUGAAUUAAUCUUUUGUCAUAUAGUACAAUAAUUUCUUCCCCAUCCACUUGAUGGUUGUUGAGUAAGUAUGGAAUUCCCUUGUAAGUCUUAUGAUAUUGUGUGUGCCCACAGGUACCCAUUAUGUGAAAGGGAAUUCUUAUAUGUUUUCUAAGCUGUAAUCAACCUUUGUUAAUCAGAAAUUCAGUUUUAUGAUGAAUCUUGGAAAUUUUCAUUUCAUUGUUGUAAAGCUAUACACAUUUUAUCAUGGAUUCUUCUUAAGUGUAUAGAUUUGUAUGAAAAAUUUUAUAAAUAUGAUGGAUUC